AUGGGCCCCUCAAAAUCCAUGCAAAUGGGCCCGCUAUCCAUUUCUCGCUGGGAUCUCUUCUACAAAUCCCAAUUCAAGACCAAAGUCCCUUCACCCCCAGUCCCACCCUCCACCUCUCUAACCGGCCAGACCGCGAUAGUCACAGGUAGCAACACGGGUCUCGGGUUCUACGCCUGUAAACACCUUCUUUCAUUAAAUCUCUCUCGAUUAAUCAUUGCAGUACGAUCAAAGAGUAAGGGAGAGACCGCCGCGAAUGAGUUAAGGAAGCAAUACACCGGGAAGAUUGAGGUGUGGGAACUGGAUAUGAGUUCGUAUGACUCAAUCCGCGACUUUGUGCGCAGAGUGGAGUCCGAGUUGGAAAGACUUGAUAUUGCGAUCCUGAACGCGGGAGUUGGGAGACUAAAAUUCACUCUCAACCCCAGCACCGGCCACGAAGAAAGUAUUCAAACAAACUACCUUUCCACCUUCCUCCUCUCCAUCCUACUGCUCCCAGCACUGAAGAACAAAUCACCCGCCGGAAAACCAGGUCAUUUGACACUGAUAAACUCGGCUAUGGGGUAUUGGGCGAAAUUCCCAAACCGCACCCAAGUCCCCCUCCUCGCUUCCUUCGACGACGAGAAAAUCACGCCCUGGGAUCCGCAAGAGCGCUACGCUGUGUCCAAAGCACUCGGGCAUUUAUUCUUCCCCAGGCUGGCCGAAUAUGUGUCUGCGGAUGAUGUAGUCAUGAAUAUGGUGGAGCCGGGUUUCAUCAAAGGCUCGAAUCUGCAGCGUGACGCAAAAGGGACGAUGCGUGUGGCGGUUGGGAUUUUUGCAGGAUUGACUGGGAGAAGGGUGCAGGACGGGGCGUGGACGCAUGUGGAUGCAGUGGCGGUGAAGGGGAAGGAGAGUCAUGGGUGUUUUUUGAUGAAUUGGGGGGUUUUGCCGUUUAAUGAGAUGGUGUAUACGGAGGAAGGAAAGGUGAUUAUGGAUAGGCUCUGGGAUGAGACAAUGUUAGAAUUUGCGUUUGCUGGAGUAGAUGGGAUUCUCAAGGACAUGAAAAACGAGUGA